GUAGAAGUCCGAGCCUGGGCAGUGUCCAUGUUGCCAUCAUGACAGAGUAACUGUCCCAAAAGUUUAAGAGAGACCCGGAGACAUACCGCAUCAGGGCUGUCUGGAUAUCCAAAGCCAUGCUAGCUCCACGAAACGCCCUUGUGAGCAACCUAAAUUUUGUGCACCUCCAGCAUGUCUCGCUUGGUGUGCACCUCUCUCUGCGACCCGAGCUUAAGGAAAGUCCUGUCACCACCGACCCCGGCGAGGGAGGAUUAACCGGAAGCCAUCACACCUGGAAGGGCACGACACACGCCACUCAGGUCGAUGCCAAUUCCAAUGACCCGUCAGUCCCGUGCCAGUGCUGUGACAAGCACCUCGGGCAGGUGGGCACGUGGCUGGGCAGCUCUCGACACAUUUUGGAAGCAAAUGUCAGCGAGGAGACAUUGUCCCCGUGUAACGCGCCGGGCAGCCCCCUUUCCCCCUCUUCACCUUUUUCAGACAGCAGCAGCUCCUCCGAUUUCUCGUUUGAUGAGUCCCCCUCCUCAAUGUGUUUUAAAGAAUUUUCGCAGCAGGAAGGGCCUGGAUCUCCCGAUGAACAGCCUGCUAUCAUCCCGCUGGAUGCAGCCGGCGAGGGGCAUGUUUCGCCAACACAGCAGCUCUACGAGUCGCCCACAUCCGGGGAUGUUUCUGCCGUCACUAACACAAAAACAAAUCCUAUCACCCCCCAGCCCUCCCUGAACAUUAAAGACCACAAAGUAGACUCCAAACUUGUCCCACUUAAGGAUAGCGGGCCGGGUGAUGCCUUGGAUGCUAAUUCUAAUGCUAUACCACAGGGUCACCCUGAUAAGACGCUGCCUAGCGGAUAUGUGGACUGCGACAAAAAAGUGCAGCAAAAGGCAGAGGGACAAGACAGCAAAAAUGCAAAUGUGGCUGCCAGCCAUGGAGUUGCCACCAAUGCCAAUUGGCUUUUUGGGGCAGAUGAUGAGCUCCUGCCAGGGUUGCCCUCAGGAGCUAACUCCGAACAGAGUCAUAGGAAGAAUAUCACCUCAUUCAAUGAGCUGGCUCAAAAAAGGAGGCGAAGCACGGGAUGGCAGCCAGCUCCACAGGCAAGGCGAGACAAGAGUGACUGGUUAAUCAUAUUCUCGCCCGACAGAGAGCACCCACCGGUCAACAAACUGACAACCACGGCCUUCUACCGCCAAGUCGGUGGGCAACACAUUCCGGCAGCACCUGCAGGCAAGGAGGUCACCACCUUCCGGGAAUUAAAGUAUCGCAACGAACUUAUUAAGCAGAAUAAUCAGCAGGCAAAAGCCCAGACCACGGGAGAAAGAGGGCUUCAAAACCCAACUGCUCGAAACGUGGGGGAAACGGAAAGGCAACCAAAGGGUGUGCAAACAGGUCUCCAAAAGGUGGAAGGAGGGAAAGAGCCCCAUGAUCUGGGUAAAGAUGUCCCCAAAGACAAUAAUGCUGAAAAGUCAUCUCUAAGCCACGCUAUAGGAGGAAGGCCAACACAGCACCAAGACCCAAAAAGAGGACACCUGUAUGGCACAAGACCCCGCAUACCGCGGUCCAGCAUGAAGCAGCAACAGGAGGGGCUUCUCCAGCCUGCCAUCAAAGAAUGGCCCGGAACGGGGGAGGACAGAGCCCCACAGUCCACGGCAAAGCUUUACAUCCGGGGAAUGGCAGAUGGUGGAGACACGAGAAGCAGGGAAGGGGGUGCUCAGACCUAUAUACUAAAAACUGCCCCCCCUGACUUCUGCCCUCAGGCUAUCCCCUCCCAUCUACUUUUCCACCUUACUACUAACCAGAAGAUGCUUUGCCCCAGUCCCCCUCUGCCACCUGCCAGCCUGGCCAAUUCUAAUACCUCCGCCAUGGCCCUGCUGCCCCAGAGCCCCUGCAACCCCCUGCAGACGCUCCCCACUCGCAUGUCCCCUUUAGGGGCUUUCUCCCCCCCACACAGGGGUCUGAUCCCGCAGACGGACACACGUGACGUGUCUGUACUGCAGUCUCCGCUCUUUCCAAGGAAAAGGCUCAUACCCGGACCGGCACCAGAGAGGGGACCGUCCCGCACUGCCGACAAGGACCCGCCGGGCACAGUGCCGGAGCUGUUAAUGGCAGAUGGGUGUGAAGACUCCGCUCAGCUGGAGAAAAAAGGUCUGUUAGUUGCAGUCGGUUCAUCUGUGGACAAAAUAAUCUCCCAUUUCAACAGCAGCCGAAACCACGUGCAGAAGGCCCAGCUUGGAGACAGCAGGUUAAGCCCCGAGUUGGGUUACCUUCUCGUCGGCGGCCUGUGCCCCUCUCUGUACAGCCUGCUGAGCGACGGCUUAAAGCCUUUCCAGAGAGACGUGAUCACCGGCAGGAGGCGGCUGAGCCCGUGGAGCCUGGCGGAGGCUUCUGUUAAAGCAGACUGGGCUCAGGGGGCCGCGCACAGCCUGUUCUGCAGAGUCAGCCAUCUAUCUCAGCUCCAAGACCCUCACAGGAAAUUCAACGCCUUCAUCUUCGGCCUGCUGAACACAAAGCAGCUGGAUGUUUGGCUAUCGCACCUACGGCAAACCCACCAUUUAUACUCGGGAUUUUAUAGCCCCAGCGCUUUCCUGACGUUAGCCGCGACCUCUAAGCCCGAGCUUCACGAAGAGCUCCUGCUAACCCUGCAGCCUCUGUCCGCCCUGACCUUCCACGUGGACCUGCUGUUUGAGCACCACCACCUCCCCCUGCACGACUCUCCCGUGAUCAACCAACAUCACGCACAUACGUGCAAAGAACCACGGUUGGGAUCCUCCUUCCAACAGAUCGUGCAAUGGGGAGGGCAGCUUGUACAGAGAAUGGCGGCAAGGGCAGAAAGGGAAACGGCCUCUCCGAGCGGAGAUGACACCGAGAGCACGCCGGUCCCUGAGCCGGUUACCGCACAAACCCGCAGAGACAACCUAAAGGACUCCAACAGUAACUGGUGGGAAGACCUCCGCCUGGCCUCGCGCAUGUACGUCCCCUCCACGAAAGGCCCUUUAAGCCUCACUCGCCUCAGAAGAUUGGGAAACUGGGAUAACCCAGAGGGAAAACCUGCACCAGCGGAGGAAGCAGGUGGUCCGUCUGCACAAGGGCCACAUUCCGAAGCGCCAGGAGCCCCCCAAACAGCAACUUGCAGAGGAGAGCCUCGGAAGAGCCGUGAGGGAAACGAUCAGGCGGAUCAGCCCGGUGGGGGUCGCGGAUCGGGAACCGGCUCCUCGCCGCCGGGAGGAGGUUCCAAGAUCACAAACGAUGGAUCGCUUGUGGAAAGUACCGGAAAUGGACAAUGCGCUAAACCCAAGUCUCCCAGAGAAGAUCUGCCCCAGAGCAGCGAGGGCCGGGGAAUCCGGUUUGGGCACCUGUUUGGGGCAAGUUUGCUUAACAACAGAGAGGAGGAGACAACAAAGGCAAAACGCAGGCGACCGUCCGCUUGGCUGACCCCCGGCAUGAGUGUCGUGGAGCGCAUCGGGAAGCCUCCGCUCGCCAGGACAAACACCGGCCUCCCGCAGGACACCGACAGCCAACAGCCGCACACUCCCCACCAUCAAAGGUCUCUCCGCGCUCUGUGCGAUCACGUUGGCUCAGGCGAGGCUGAGCUUCCGGAAGGGCGAUGUUCUGCAGCUGCUGAGCACGGUGGACGACGAUUGGAUUCGCUGCCGCCGCGGACGGAGCGCCGGCCUCGUUCCCGUGGGAUACACGUCACUCAUCCUGACGCCCGCCGUGUUAGACAAACACCAAGAGGACGCGGAAUAGCCCCUCGCCCUAAUACCAUCCAACGCUCGCCCUGCCCCUCGCCCUAAUACCACGGGACGCUUACGCCAUCAUCUGCUAGCCGAGCCCACACGGCUGAACAGAGCCCCUAUGCCUUUAGGUGUACGUUUAUAUAUAUAUACAUAGGUGCUAUAAGGUGUCGCACCUGCGCAUGCACGCGUGGUAUCGUGUCCUGUACGUGGCGGUAUGUGGCAGAGCCUUUCGCACAUGACGUGAUCGUAUGGUACCUGUACUCUGUAUGUAACAUUAAAGAGAAACGGCCAA